CCGUCAAUUCCAACAAGCCGCUGCCGUCCCCGCCGCCGCCGGGUAGCGAGCAGACCCGGGACCCUCCGAAACCCGUUCUCAAACUGGCCCGCAUCAUGGCCACAUUGACCGAUUCCGAGAUAGAGAAGCUGUUUUCGGGAGCUCCGCAGUACUUUGCCCGCUCCGAGGGGCAUUACACCGGUGCCCCACACCCUUCGGUAGCUUUCCCGUGGGACGAGGAACUUGAGAUACGGGACCUCACGGACCACACGCAGAUCGAGGACAAGGCCUGGAGCUGUGUCACAGCAUGGCCUCACAUCACACGCGACGUCCACAGUGACCGGUCUGCUGCGCAAAGGGCUACCGAGGAGAAGCGCCGGGCUCACUUUUACCCACGAUGUCGUGAACGGCCAAACAUGUUGAGCAUGUUCGGGCUCGAAAAGGGGAGCGUGGGCUAUCAGGCUGCUCUCGAGCUGGCAGUGGCUGAUGCCCUGCAAGAAGAGCAGUGGGGCUUUGAGAAUAUUGGUGCGAGACAGCCUGCCAUUGUCGAGCAACGCCAGAAAAUGCUCACAUCAAAGGACGGCCUCCGACAUGUGGAGGAGACGGUAAUCAUGGAACAGCUGAUCAAGAACAGCAAGCGGUACAGUGAGAAGCACCUGAAGGAGCGGCGGGUCUCGAGCGAGCUAUACAAUGAGUUGUUCCUCCAGGUCCUGCAUCCGCCCACAAAGGUUCUCGAUCACAAAGACCCGUACAGCCUAUCGGUCCAGAUAUUGGCUCUAGUCAAAGUCCUGGCGGCGCCAAACAUGUGGAUCGACUUCUCCCAUGUUGAAUGGCGGAUCCGGCUGGGCCAGCUGCUUUGGGGAAGCCCGGUGGAAGACGAGAUAGAGGAUGGAUCCUCUAUAAAAACCGGGGACUCGGCAAGCGACAUCAACGAGGAGAGAUACUGGCUGCUUCUGCAAAUCUUGCUGGCCUGCGAGCUAGUCAUCCGGCUGGACGCAAUCACGGAGGGUGAGGAGCUUGGGUUAGAGAGCAUCAGGCCAGCGGAAAUCCACAAAUUCGAGAGAGAGGCAAACAAAUCGGUCAAAUGGUCGCUGAUCAUGGCCCGCGUGUGGCUGGAGAACAUCGAAGUGGUCAAGACCGAAGCGACCGAGCGAACAAGCACCGAAGAGAAGCCUUCUGGCUGGCUAGCCACAUUAACAAAGCGAAUGUCUUUGACUCGUGACUCCGGUUCGCAUAACCAUCACAGCCGUGGCCCGCUAUAUGUUAUCAAGGGAAAACACGUGCAACGUCAGAUUAACGGCUUGGCUCAUUUUGCCAGGCGGCUACGCUGGCCUGAUACCGACUUCCGCGUAUCGAAAAUAUCUGAUAACUGUCGUGCCGUGGUAGAAGGAACUCCCAUCAGCACACCGCUCGUCACUCCUAGCACUCACUCUUCCAGCCGUCAUUCGUCAUAUUUCGGCACUCCAAGGGGAGAGUCUAAGCCUGAACGCAACCCGUUACGGCGAAGGAAGGUCUCAGCAGCGCUUCAUACAUCUGGCUGGCUGUCUAAGAGUUACGUCUCUGGGCUGAUGCUCCCGGGGGAAGGGAUAUGCCAUUUUCUAAUGGCAACCUUGCUGGAGAAUGACCCAGAAGCGUUGGCGAGAUUGGGAACCACGGCAAACCUCUGCGGCGGUUUCGUUUACUGGGGCAAGAGCUUCUGGAGCACAGCGUGUAUUGUUGGUCGCGUCCUUGCCGCUGGUAAGGGGGCCGUAGAAUGCAUGGGCUGGAUUUCCAGUGACAUUACUCCUCAGGGGCUUGGCGACGGGUGGGUGAAUAUUGAAGUCGAGCAGGUACCAGAGGACGCUCAGCAGGUUGAUAAGAAGGCCCGACUCUGGGGCAAACUGGCGGUUGAAAGGGAGUCCCGUGUCCUUGGCGACGCAGACCCCAAGUCUGUCUUCCCAGCCGAUUUCAUCAUUCCCUUUGAAAACGUCUACCCGGAUAAAAAGCCGCCAACAAUAAAGAUUCAGCUCAAGGCUCUCAGUCUCUGGGCGCCCGUUGAAUCCGUCCACACCACACCUACGGAGGAAGAGGGGCCCACCCCUUUCACCGACGUCAGCCGACCGCCGGAAAUCCGCACCUACCCGGCAGCCGUAACUUUUGAGGUGACUGAUGUUGAGGCUGGAGAGGUAAAGGAGCACACGUAUUCGCUGGCGAAGGACAUCAAUUUUGUAACCGCCCACCCAUGUGUCCCGUCACAACAUGUCAGGAUCUUGAAGUCCCCCACCAGCCCAACCAUCCAGCAUGUGGAUCUUUCUGGCAACGGCGUUGCCGGUAAGACUGCCAGCGUUGUCGGCCAUCCAUUGCACAAGUAUUUCACAUACACGGCACUUCAUCUGUCAGAACUGAUCGCCAAACGAGACUUCUCACUCGAAGCGCUGCUCGGCAGCUACGCAUCAGCUUCCCAUCGCCCUAGUCUCACGCCAGCUUCGAAUAGCGCCGCCAAAGUACUUGUAAUUGAUUGCAUCACGGGCUUUCAACCCCAACCGCAGGAGCACGAAAUCCCCCUGUCCCCGGUUAUCAGCCGGACGGACAGCCAAUCAUCCUCCUAUCUCUCGCCUGCUCCGCCUGAAAGCUCCGGUGGGGCAGAAGGAGGUGAUGUGGCCGGCGCUCUCCAGAGCGCCUCCAAGAAGAUGCACUCGGAGACGAGACGGCGGCAGUUCGGCUCCGACAUGGAGAUUCUGGUCAGGGCCAUUUGCGCCGAGAAGGGCUGGAACGCCCUGAUCAGCAGGAGGAGGAGAGGAUGCCUGGCUUGUGCGAUACGCGAGGCUGGGGCGCUCGGGUGGAAGGUCGUUAUCCGAGUUGACUGAGCAAGCUCGUGCUCGAUACAAUUAAUGAGCCUCAUGAUGAUGAUGAGGAGUCUAGGACAUGACGUGUAUGAUUGAUGCUUGGGCGCUGGAAUUCGGACAGUACUUUUUCGACGGCCAUCGGGGUCGGCUGAGUACACGGCGCGUUGGGUUAGCGAUAUGCAAGAAAAUGCCAUUUUGCGUUGCUGGUUGUACACCAUGUAUGUGCCCGUGAGUAUU